AUGUCUGGCUAUAGCAAUAGCCGUCGCGCACCGAAUGUGUCGCAGUACAUUCAUGGCUUGAACACCAUCCCGGCGCCCGGCCAUGAGCUGCCCAACGACAUCGCGCACAUUGGCGACGACCUUGACUUUCUCGCCCACGCCGACUUCUUCGACUUCGACAGCUUCAACCCGAACAAUGUCGAGUUCAAUACCAAUACGAACCGCUCGCCGCCGAAUGGCGAGCAGAAGCAUCCGAGUGUGGUGAAUGGUCCUCCUGCCUACCAAUUUGGCGAAUUCCAGACUUACCCUUCCACUGUGAGCUCCUCACCGGCCGCUGGUCUUCAUGGCCAGUACCCACCGCGGCCGCACCACCAGCUGGCCUUCGCCCCACAGCCGGGCAGCAAGCGCAAGGCCAGUGUUGCGAAUUCCGUCCCAUCUGCCGCCGACUUGGAAGAGAAUUCCCGCAUGGCAGCUGAGGAAGACAAGCGCCGUCGCAACACCGCCGCUUCCGCCCGCUUCCGCAUCAAGAAGAAGCAGCGUGAGCAAGCCCUCGAGAAAGCCACGAAGGAGAUGACCGAUAAGGUCAACGCGCUUGAGGGCAAGGUCCAGCAGCUCGAGAUGGAGAACAAGUGGCUGAAGGGGCUGAUCACCGACAAGAACGAUGGCAAGCAGCUGGAGACGAUGCAGAAGGAGACGGACCACCGGAAAACGGAUGACAACACUGACGGCGUGGGUACAUUUGAGGAGGCCACUUUUGCGGCGUGA